CAAAAACAUAUGUUUUCAGUUAAGUUGACUAACAAAAAUGUUUCCUUUUAAAUUUGCUGUUUGUAUUAGAGGUAGUUGAAACAUGUAAACUGGAGGAAUCGCAGACCAUAUUGAAUCGGGACUGACUUUUGGGUUUAGGAUGGAGAUGUGAAGGGGUUGAGAUAUGAGUAACCAAGGGUGUUGUGUCCCUCUCCGCCACGACUGCCAGGACCCCAACAAAGACCAAGCGUCAAAAGGGGGUGAAGGUGGUAACUCAGGUGGUGGUAGCGGCUCCGAAGUGAGAACAUGCCCGAAACCAUGGCCCAACAAGCUAAUUAUGUCUCCUCCGUUCUAUGCCGAUUUGGGGAAGAAUGCAAGGGAUGUGUUUGGGAAAGGUUAUCACUUCGGCCUUCUGAAACUAGAUGUUAAAACCAAGUCGAACACCGGUGUUGAAUUCAGCACUGGUGGUGUACAGAACUUGGAGACCAAGAAUGUUGUCGGAAACCUGGAAACAAAAUACAAAUUUAAAGAAUAUGGAGUAACAUUUACGGAAAAGUGGAACACUGAAAAUGUUCUUGCAACAGAAAUUGCUUUGUCUGAUUUCUGUGAAGGCGCCAAGGUAUCAUGUGAUACAUCAUUUGUUCCGCAUAAAGGAGAUAAGACACUCAGACUAAAGGCUGAAUUCAGAAAUGACGCAUGUGCACUCAAUCUAGACACCGACUUUAAACCAGGUGGCCCGGUCAUCAAAGGCGGUGCUGUUCUUGGUUAUGGAGGUUGGUUGUGUGGUUAUCAGACAGCAUUUGACACUGCCAAGACUAAGCUGACAGAAAACAAAUUUUCCAUGGGAUUCUGUACAAAAGACUUUAUUUUGAACACUAGUAUAAAUGAUGGACGCGUAUUUGGAGGCUCAGUGUUCCACAAGGUCAGCAACAAGCUCGAGACAGCUGUGAACAUUUCAUGGGCUUCUGACAGCAAUGUGACAGACUUGGGUAUUGGAUGCAAGUACAACCUCGACCCUGAUGCGGCCCUCAGACUCAAAGUCAACAAUCAAUCACUUAUCGGCCUUGGCUAUUCGCAAAAGCUUAGAGAUGGUGUGACUAUUUCUCUCUCAACACAGAUCAAUGGCAAGAACUUCAAAGAAGGAGGACAUAAUGUUGGGUUGUGCCUUGAGCUUGAGGCAUAGAUACCGCACGUUUGUGGUCAUUUCAAUGGACAACCUUUGAUGUUUCGGAGUGAGGAGAAUGGAGAUGCAGAGAAUUUAUAAACAAGAAAGCAGAGAUUGUUGUAGAUUUGUCAGUUCAUAUGUCAUUAUCCUCAAGAUGACCCACAAAUAAAUAGUAUAAACUUAGUAUAUUAUCAAAUUAUCAGAGAAAUGUUUAUCCCUCUUAACUAAUAAGUGUUGUCCUGUUUUUGUUUUCUUUAAUUUAAAAUAUAUUUGUUUGCGAGGGGAUAUGAUGGUGUUGAAUUAUGAUGACCUUUUCAAUUUAAAAUAUAUAGUUUUGUUUUUAGCAUUUCACUGUAUAUGGUUAUAUUAGGUGUUCUUUCCUAGAAAUAAUUAUUCUAUAAAUUAUAACUACACAAAAAAUAUUGUAUAAUACAGAAUCAGAAUAGUGUUCUGCAUAGAGUUAUUAAUUAUGAGAAAGCUUACAGAUAAAAAAAAUAUGUUAAGAG